AAACGGCCGCCCACUACCUCUUCCCCUCCACCACACCACACCCAGACUUGCCUACCCACUACCCCUGCUUUCCGUCAUCGAUAGUGGUCACAUCACGGUUUUUGUUGACAUUCUCCUCAGACUCUCUUGCGAAAUCCCUCGUCAAGAUGCCACCCAUCCGCCAUCCGGCCCGCCACAGGAAGCCCCCGCCAGAAGGUUUCGAGGACAUCGAAGACACGCUGCUCGAGUUCCACAACAAGAUGAAGGACGCAGAGAAUGCGUCGCAUGAGGGCAAGAAGAAGUACGAGAUGUUGUGGCCCAUCUUCCAGAUCACCCACCAGCGAUCUCGGUACAUCUACGAUCUCUACUACGAGAAAGAGGCCAUCAGCAAGCAGCUGUAUGACUGGUUGCUGAAGAACGGAUAUGCCGAUCCUAUGUUGAUUGCAAAGUGGAAGAAGCAGGGUUACGAAAAGCUCUGCUGCCUUCGCUGUAUUCAGACUAAGGAGACUAACUUCAAGUCCACCUGUAUUUGUCGCGUCCCCCAGGCGAACCUCAAGGACGGCCGGGAUAUCCAGUGCGUAAGCUGUGGAUGUAACGGAUGCUCAUCCGGAGACUGAGGCCGCGUUGUCCCGCUCUAUGUUUUCGAUGUCGAUUUCGAUUGCGAGCAUCUGGGAGCGUCUCCACGACCAGGGUUCAGAUGACUUGAUGAAGAUUUGCACCAUCAGAUGGGCUAGCUCAAGCCGACCGCAGCCAAAUCAACACAUGGAUAAUACCCCGGAGUAUCAAACACGGGCGAGUGGCGUUUGGGUUUACUUUCAAUGAUUCAAUUCAAGACACUAUGGAUGGUAUGGGAUACCCCCAAGCUAUAUAGAACACUCUCCAAAAUCA